ACAUCGUUAGAGCAGACGUCGCUAAAUAUAGAUAUUCGAGUGUUAUCCGUUACCAGCAUCUCUUUUUUGCUUUUCACCCAGCUGUACUUGUAAGCAAGUAAAUUAUGGCGGAGGAAGUGAAGAAGGUUGAAGCUGAAACGCCCGCGGCUCCACCGCCGGUCGCCGAGGCUCCUCCUCCGAAGGCCGUCUCCGAGGAAAAAACUGCAGUUCGUCCUCCGCCGACUGAGGAGAAACCGGACGACUCCAAGGCUCUUGCCGUAGUUGAGAAGGCACCAGAGCCUGCGCCGAAGAAAAUUUCAGGAGGAUCACAUGAUAGGGAUAUUGCUCUUGCAGAGGUUGAAAAGGAAAAAAGGUUAUCAUUCAUCAGGGCAUGGGAAGAUAGUGAAAAGACCAAAGCAGAGAAUAAGGCCCAGAAAAAGCUUUCUUCUAUUGUAGCAUGGGAGAACAGCAAGAAAGCAGCUCUGGAAGCAAAACUGAGAAAAAUUGAGGAACAAUUGGAAAAGAAGAAAGCAGAAUAUGCAGAGAACAUGAAAAACAAGGUAGCUUUACUUCACAAGGAAGCAGAAGAAAAGAGGGCAAUGGUUGAAGCCAAACGUGGAGAAGAAGUCCUCAAGGCAGAGGAGAUGGGUGCAAAAUACCGUGCAACUGGACAAACUCCGAAAAAGCUCCUUGGUUGUUUCUGAAGUUACAAGCUUCCGGUCUGGUAGUGGAGCAGAUGUGAUUCAUUGUUUUCGUUGCAUGCUUUUGUUGCUUGUAACUCCCAGUUUUCAUAUGUAUAUUUCUUGUCUGUUUCAAUGUUGUUUUGUGUCUAAACAGAGUGGGAACAUCACACAGAUAUGAUAUAUCUACUAUUGAAUGUGUUCAUAUAGAAAUAUAAAAUUUUGUUUCUUUGGAAACAAGUUUGAGGUUUUUUUCAUAUCUGGGUUAUGGAAUUGGUCAAAGCAUUUACCUUU